AGGGGCUUCAGCAAAAUGGCGGAGAGGGAGCAGCUCUUUCCUUGGUGGAGGCUGGAGGUGCCACGUUUGGGGGUCUUGCUGCUGCUCCUCCUCUUCCUCAGUCCUGGUUUUGUCCGCACGUCUUCGACAUACCUUUUUUCAGAAGUCAUAGAGCCCCUGCAGCUGGAAACGCGCUCUCUUUACAACAGCAAAGCGCAUUUGAGUUACAUGAUUAAAGUGGAAGGACAAUACAGAAUUGUGCACCUGAAACAACAAUUCUUUGCCCUGGAAAAUAUGCCGAUUUAUACUUACAAUGUGAAAGGAGAGCUGGUUGCAGAAUAUCCAUAUGUCCAGGACAAUUGCUAUUACAGUGGCUAUGUGGAGGGAGCCCCAGAUUCUCAAGUUGUCCUCUCUACCUGCAGCGGACUUUGGGGACAUAUACAAUUUGACACCUUAACUUACAAAAUUCAGCCGGUGGAAAAUUCCUCUACGUUUCAACACUUGAUUUACCGGAGCGAUCCGGAGGCGCGAGAUCCCUGCGCGGGAAUCGCCCAAGAUGGCGCCGACGGGCCAGGUAGAGAAAUGAGAACGGUGAGGACUGAUGAAGAUCCAGAUCUGUCCACCAGACAGCAAGGUGACCGGAACCAGAUGGGCAACCGAUAUCUAGAAUAUUAUGCCGUUAUUGACAAAAGCAUGUUUCUCCUCUACAGGGGCAACGAAACCGCUCUGGUGUCAGUCGUGUUUCACAUGAUGCUCCACGUUUACACAAUCUUCCUCCCGCUCGGCCUCCACGUUUAUCUGGUCGGCAUGGAGAUCUGGACGGACAAAAACUACAUAACCAUCCAUCCUCACGACCUGUCGGCGAACCUGAACGCUUUUUAUAAGUACGUCCGGUACAAUCUUCGGCAUCGCGAGCAUUUCGACCACGCGGGUUUAAUGACGGCAACCGGGGAUCUUCCUGGACUUUCGUGGGGGGAACGAUUUUGCCAUCCCUCUCAUGUCUCCGUGAGCGUCAUCCAGAUACGUAAAAACCCUCGAUUUGAUGCCGAAACCAUCGCCCACCAGCUGGGACAUUCCCUGGGCUUCACGCACGAUGACGCACAUGCGAAUUUAGCCCGAAAAUGCGACUGCAACUGUACGGUCUUUGGCAGCUGUUUGAUGAUGACUUCGGGCCCGGCGUAA